UUGUACGUUUAUUUAAAACAAUUGUUUUAGAAAACAUUACAGAUUGUCUGCAUCUGCAGCUGUACCGAGAUAGCAAAGACAGAUACAAGCAAGGUCAAACCAAAGCUUCUCUCUCGUUACAGCACUUUCUUGGCGUAGAAACUGGGUUUACAUUAGAUAAGGAAUCAAACACUAUUGCUAUACUUUGUCAAGAUGUUACAGUUGUUUUGGCUUUUGAUACAAGAGAACGCCUCAUCCAAUGGCAAGUUAAAAUUGCUUCAAAUUUGGGGGAAGAUCAGCAGUUUCUUGUUCAAAUAUGUUCGGCUCCUCACAAAUCCAAACUGGCUCCAGGGCCAGCAAGACUCCAUGUUCAAGAAUAUAGGUUUUGUAUUAGUUUGGGAGUACCCCCAAGGCUGGUUGGUGUCUGGGAAAUAUCACAGUUAAGACGAUAUGGUGUGGUAGAAGGCAGAUUCUGUUUUGAGGGUGGUUCAAGGUGUGGAAAAGGUGAAGGGUUGUAUGUACUUAUCACAGACCAGGCAGAGGAGAUAACGAGAACACUUCAGGCAGCUUCUGAAGGAAGAUUGCUUUCAACACGUCGAAGGUCUUCUUCGAGGAAUAUGUCAGUGAUGGACUCUCCGAGGAAGUGCCUGACUAGGCUGAGCAGUGCAGGAUGUGACAGUGCUUCUCUUUGCCAAAGGAUAGACAUGGGCGAGCACAGUUGUUCUCAUGACUGGCCUUCGACAGAAACACGAACUACUGACAGUGUUGACUUUGGUGAUACAGUUUCUGUCAGCGACUAUCCUGACCAAUCUCAGGAUGUAAGUCGAUGGAGCAUGGAGCCUGGAAUGGGAAGGUGCGCCAGCUGUAUCAGUAAGCUAGGAGCUAUGUCGCGCUCGUCAACAGCAGCCAAUACACCUGCAGCUGCCUUCAGUCCUGCCUGGGUCAUGGAUAUGGGCCGAAGUAUAGGAAGUGGUUCUCAUAACAGUAAUUGCAGCACCAUGUCAGUCUCAUCCCAUGAAAGUGGUUCUGAGUAUUCGAUUCCUAGAUUACCUAGUAAUGACAGGUCAGAAAAAGUAGGCCAGUGUGACUGUGAAGGCCCGGGAAGGCCGCCUAAACCUGGAGAUGUCGCCAAAACAAAGAAACCUCCUAUGCCGUCUCCUGCUCUCCAGAAUCAAAACUUCGCCAAUUACGACGUUCCAAAAACAAUUUAUCCUCAAAUACCGGAAGAAAAAGGCACUGUUAGGAAUCAACCUCGUCCUCCAGAAGAAUAUUAUGACACACCUAGAUCAGUAAAAACUGAACUUGCAGAAUAUGAUCGCCCUCUUUGUGCUUGCCAGACAAAGGUGGUACUUGAUGAACCAUGGCAACAACAACAAUGUCCUUGUAGGAUAUUGUGUUGGCCUUCUGCGUGGAUCUCCUUGCCUUAUUGUCGCCGGGGAAAUGGAAUCGAAAAUACUUCUGUACAUUUACACAAGGUAAAAUUAAGUGGAGAAGGUAAAAUGCCCGUUAUGAAUAAAUCUGGAGAACUUGCAAUAUAUGCUACUGUUGACAAAUCGAAAAAAGUCAAAUAUAGAAAUUUAGAAACAAAGGACAACAAAAUCGAAACUGUCGAUGAAACUGAUAAUGAUACUACCAAUUCAGAAAACAAUUCCAACUAUGUCAACAUCGAUCCAACUGAGAAGGACUGCAAAGGUGAACAAAAUGUGAACUAUGAAAACUUAGAUUUUGCCCAUUCAUUAGAAUACUAUGAGAACGCUAGAGAUGUUCUGCAAAAAGCUGGUUUAAAUAAGGAAAUUCCUUGUUUUGAUACUGACAAGAAUGGUGUAAAGUUCUGCAGCAAGUGUGGUCAUGCAUGUGAGGAGAACUCCGACUAUCUUAUGAUGGAACCUUCGGCCAAACCUGGUGUCAAAUUUCCUGGUUACCUGCCUAUGCAUCCCAGUUCUAAGAGUGAUAUUAUUAAAUCUCGUUUGAGCAGAGGACUUUCAGACCGAGCUUCAAGUAUACCUUCUUUGAGUGAUCGGUGUAACAGGAGGUCAGAUUCAGAUAUGAGGGUCCCUGGCUCUGCUAUGCUAGGCCUUAACCACCCCCAGUCUGCAAACUCUUCUCCUUACCUGACUAGAAGAGCUCCUCUUAUGCAACGUAAGCGGUCCAGCUCUGCAGAUUCUAGCCGGGGUGAGGAUGAUGAUGUCACACUUUGCUCAAAGGAACCUCCUCCACCACCAACACAACCAUCCAGGACUGAAGAACCUCCUGCUCCAGUAUUACAAGAAACAGUUGUACAGGUAAGAAGAUCUUGUUCUGUGCCUUGCAAGCCUGGCAACAGAGACAGUUCGAGUUCUGCUGAUUCUGGAGUGUCUACUGGGUCGCUGAAGCAGAGAGAGGACUUUGGAGAGUUUGAGUUACCACUGACCACAGCUCUUUCGUGCAGGCGCCUGCGCCUCGCCCAGGAGACACCUUGUCUUCAUUCCAGUCUACCGAGGAGAAGCAAAUCGUCGGACCCAUUAAGUCAGCUCAGUUUUCAGUUCCACAAAAUCAAGGUACCUGCCAAGUCAUCCUCAGCUGAAGCCGAAAUACCCAUUUGUCAUGGCAAAAGGGAGCCUAAAGAAUAUUGUAGUCCUGGGGGUGAUGGAGCUAUUGUUGUACCCUAUACGGAUUCAAGAAGCACUUCCAGUGGUACCUCAGAUAUGUCAGAUUAUAUAGAAACUCUUUCAUUAUCAUCACACAGCUCCUCAGACACGCCUGACAGUUUAAGAUUGGGUCGCAUUGCUGCCACAACAUUACGGCCUAGGAGUGGUAAGGAAUACCACAAAAUUGAUCGCUACAUUCUCGAAAGUGACAUAAAAUUGAAAAGUAUCACAACUGUGCCAGAAAAAUGUGAAUCUCCAUCGCCAGGGUACAUGAGCAGCUCUCCAGGAAACUAAUCGAGUCUUGCUCCUUUGUCGCUGUAAAUAGUUCAGCUGAAAUGAUUUUAUUUCAUUCCUUUUGUUCUAGUUAGUUUCUAUUGUAGUACGAGCAAUCGCAACUUACGAUUGCCAUCAAUCGGUCCUUUCAUUGUCAGAGGCGGAAAUGUGUAAUUUAUUUUUGUAAAUAUUUUGUUAUUACUAUUUUUAUUAGCUACGUGUGCCAUAAUUUCAUGCCCUCUUGGUAAUUUGUCUUAGUCACCAGGUACAUCUAGUAGAAUAUGUAUGAUUGUAAUUUGUAAAGGUGUAUUUAAUAUAGUUUACUAUUAUUUAUUAAAUAAACCCAAUGAAAAUAAGAAAAAAAGUAAUUUUUACAGUUAUGUAAAUAAAAAAUAUUUUAUAUUAUAGAUAUAAAGUGGUUAUACGAGCUUUUAUUAUUAAUUUUUCUUAUUAACUUAUUAAAUACAUGAUUUAUGCUCUGUGCUACAUACCCAUGAAUGAAAGCUAUUAUAUAAAUGACACUGUUUGUUUUUGUUUUUCACUAACAUGUUCUAUUCUGCUUUUUUUUUAAUUAUUGUUAUUUAUUUAGUACCCAUGAAGUUAGUUCAGAUAAAUUAAUAAGUGACUUUUUUAAAAAUACUUAUAUUAAUAAUUAUCUUAUAAUUUAAUUAUAUUUUGAUUUAACUUAAACUUUUAUUUAUUUUUUUAAAAAUAUUUAACUGUGAAUAAAUAAUACCAUAAUUAGGAGAAUAAAUACUUGUAACAGUAUAAAUUGAUCACAAAAGAAUGGUAAAUAUAUAAUAAUUGAAAUUAUUUUGUAAUAAGUAAUAAGUCAAUUACGCUAUAAAUUAUCACUCUAUAUGGUUGAGGUUGUGAAAGGUACUUUUUUUUUAAACAGCCCUUCUAUUCACAUGUUAUUUGUCAAAACAUUGAUAAAGUCAAAUCAAACGUGAGCAAUAAACAAAAGAAUUGGAUUAUUAGUUUGCACAAUAUCAGCAGUAGUUAUAUGAUUAGUGUAUGUACAUUUAAGAAAAUGGACAUUCACAUGCAAUUUGAUGCAUUUUUAUUACUGUUUAUAAAAAUAAUCUUAAAAUAUAUUACAAGCUUCGUUCGAAAAUGCUGUACUGCUAGAGAUACCAGCUUAAAGUCUGGGUAUUGAUCAAUAUGUCUUAUUCCCUAGUAAUCAUCUUAUAUAUCUUUAAGAUUUUAUUUGUUUUAAUGAACUAUAUUUUUUUUUUAUAUUAUAUUUGGUAGAUUCUCUCCAAAUUCAAUUGAAUGAUUAAAAAUACAUUAAGAAGUAAAACAAAAUUAUUAAUUAAUAUAUUCACAGAAUUUUAUAAUUUAUUGUGUCAAUUGAUUACAAUUUAUAAGGUAGGUAAAGUGAAGCAAAAUAGAAAUAAAUAAGGUUCACAAAUUAUAAUAUCGGUUUGCAGUUUUCCAGAAUGGCAAAAAUGUUGAAUGUCAAUUUAUAUCUUGCCUCCGUAUAUAUUUUAUUGAUUUAUAUCAUCAUCUAUGCCAGUAUUUGCUCAAAUAUAAAUUGAUAUAAUUGGCAAAUGGGAUGAUUAAUUUUUUUCAUUGAUUCCUCAUAUCUAUUUUUAUUUUUCGACAUUCUUGCAUUAAUUCUUUGAAUUCUCAACCAUAUCAAAUAUUUUGAUAGCAGUGAUCAUAGUUGGCUUGUAACUUAUUAUUUACUCGUAGGGUUGAUUUGGCAGUUUUGAAUUAUGUGCCUGAAAUUGAAUAGAUAAUGUGAAAUGUGGUCUUUAGACUUUUUAUUAUGUUCCUAUCUUUAUCUUUGAUGAAUAAAAAAAAUACUUAUUAUGACUUAAAUGUAUCUUCAAAUUGCAAUUACUAACUGUGAUAAGCCAAGUUGAACCUCAUGGCAUUAUAAUUUUUUUUUUCUUACAAAUUAGGUUGCCAAAAAACUGCCAAUAUCUUCAUUUAAAAUUCCAUUGCUAUCAUACAAAGGUGGAAUAUUGUACUGUCCAUCAGAGACUUAAUAAUGAACUAGUUGAUUUAGUUGAAUAAUAUCCCUAUUUUUUAUAAUUUUUAGGCACAAAUAUAUCAUUUUUUUUAUAUUGUAGAUUUUUUCAUAUAUCACUAGUUAUUAAGCAAUUAAAUAAAUAUUUUAAUAAAAUGUGAGCCUCCUCCUCACAUUUACCUAUUAUGUUGUAUAAAUGAGUGUGAGUUCUUCCAUUUUGUAUAUAUACAUGAAUAUAUAUAUAUAGAUAGAUAGAUAUAGAUAGAAUGAUAUUUGUGGUAUUAGAAUAAGCAUACUGUU